AUGAAGUUUUUCUACCAGGUCGUCACGACUCCGACGGCCGACACGCCCGGCACGGUCAUCUGUCUCAACUUUCCCGACAAACGAUACUUUUUUGGACAGCUAGCAGAAGGCACACAGCGCGCAUGCACAGAACGUGGCGUGAAGCUCAGUCUUCUGACUGAUGUCUUCGUCACCGGGCGAACUGACUGGGCCAACACGGGCGGUUUGAUCGGCAUGAUCUUGACACUGGCCGAUACUGUCACGACCUCCGCUGCGGCCAUUGAAGAAGAGAACCGGAACAAGGCACGUCGUCGAGCUGAGAGAGAGGCCGCCGAGGCAUCGAGGAAAGGCAAGAAGACUCAGAAAUUGCCGGAGAACCAGCCUGAGAACAAACCGGAGAGCACGGAUGGAAGGCAUGGCGUAGCUUAUGUCGAUCGGGAUGGUGAGCUCGUAGAACAGAAGGGGAACCUGACUAUCCAUGGGCCUACGAAUCUUACGCAUACUCUGGCUACAGCUCGGCGGUUUGUUUUCCGCAAGGGUAUGCCGGUUUUCUUGAAAGAGUAUGACUCUGAGAGCCUUGCUAAGCAGGCAACCAUCGGGGCCGAGGAUCCCUUCCAGACGCCUUCAUGGGAAGACUCCAAUAUUAAAGUAUGGGCUAUGUCAAUCAAGCCUCGCCAGGCUAGCCCCUCGGUUCCGAGGAGGUCUCGCAGCCCACGGAAGCGGAGUUUGGACGAGUUCAAGGAAUCUGCACAACCCGCUGAUGAGCUGGACCAGCGCACCAAGGAUCAAGUGGUGAGACAGUCCAUUGUACAGGAUAUGUUCAAUUCGACAUGGAAGAUGGAUACUUUGUUCGAAACCCAGCUGUCUGAGGUCAAGAUGCCCGCCGCUAUGUUUGUUCGCAAUCCUGAGACGAAGGAUCUCGAGCCAUAUAAGGGACCGGCUCCAGGUGAUGAGGGUCCCCUCCCUGAUAUCAAAGUGCUUGUUCGAAAGCCCUGGCCUGGUGCCACGGUCGAGAGUCUCCCACCUACCUCUCCUGCCAAUGAGGCACUCUGCUAUAUCGUGCGGAACCAUGAUAUCCGCGGAAAGUUCGACCCUAACAAGGCGAAAGAAUUGAACGUGGAAAAGGGAGCCAAGUACUCUGCCCUGACAAAGGGCAACAGCGUUCAGUCGUUAGAUGGAAAGACUAUCACUCCUGAUAUGGUACUAGGAGCUCCGCGACUUGGAAAGGGUAUUGCCAUCAUGGAGGUUCCCUCAUCCGAAUACAUUGACGACCUAGUGCACAGACCGGAAUGGAAGUCACCUGCUGUGACAACCGAGCUGAAGGCCUUUAUCUGGAUUCUUGGUCCGGGUGUUGCUGAAAACCCCAAAUUCCAGGAAUUUGUCGCCAGCUUGCCCGACUGCAAACAUACCGUCUCGGGUACAGACCACACGCCUAACUAUCUGGCAUUGGGUAGCGCGGCUAGCUCGACCGUUCGACUCGCUCGUCUGAACAGCGAUAGCUACUCGGUUCCCGUGCAUGACAAUGUGACGCUGCCUCAGCCUGGAGCCCCGAAUGCCGGCUCAGCAACUGCUAUCGCAGCUCGGAAGAACUCCCCGCUUGAGCCCAUCGACCCCGGCUUCAUAAUCAACAUGGAGCCCAACUUCGGCUUCAACAAGGACGAGGUGAUGUCUCGUUUCGAUUUGAAAAAGGCCCUGCACAAAAUCCCACGUUCUGUUGAGCAACGGAUGGAUGUCAUUCGCAAGCGUAUUGCCAAGCCUGCCUUCCAAAAGAUGCUUCAAGCACAGCGGACGGAAUGGCCUGGCUCAGAUGCCGAAAUUAUUGCCUUGGGUACUGGCUCUUCUAUUCCAUCAAAAUACCGCAACGUCUCCGCAAAUCUGGUCAAGGUUCCUGGUUACGGCUACUACCUUCUGGACUGCGGUGAAAACACCCUGGGUCAGUUGAAGCGAGUCUUUGAGCCCGAAGAGCUUCGUGAAGUGUUCCAGAACCUGCGCAUGAUCUGGAUCAGUCAUUUGCACGCUGAUCAUCACCUAGGCACAGCCUCUGUGAUUAAAGCCUGGUACCAGGAAAACUAUGGUCUCAGUCCUGCGCCUUCUCGUCGUGAGACUGAUCUCACAAAGAUCCUCCAAGAGAAGCGGCUGUCCGUCGUGUCGGAUGAUGCGAUGAUCUCUUGGCUGGAAGAGUACUCCGCCGUUGAAGACUUUGGAUUCGAUAAAGUCCUUCCCCUAUCUGCGCACCCCGAAGUUUCCGGCUCUCAAAUAAUCACCAAGUUCUCAUAUCGCCAUCGACCAGACAAUGUAUACUCUGGUCAUCGUACCUCACUGUCCUUCAAUGAUCGAUUUUCUCCCCUCACUUCUCUUCUCAAGUCUGCCACUGGCCUUGAAAACCUCCUCACCUGCCGGGUGAAGCACUGCAAGGGUGCGCUCGCCGUUUCUCUCGUCUUCCCCCAUGGGUUCAAGAUCUCCUAUUCCGGAGACUGUAGACCCUCCGCAAAGUUCGCCUCCAUCGGUCAGGGAUCAACUGUCCUCAUCCACGAAGCCACUUUUGGUCCCGACAUGGUUGGAUCCGCCAUGGCUAAGCGCCACUCGACGUCCGCAGAAGCCAUCGAAGUCGGCCGCCGCAUGAAAGCGCGUGCGAUCCUGCUCACGCACUUUAGUCAGCGUUACCAGAAGCUCACCUUUGUUGACAACCGCAAGGCGGAUGCACCCCAGUCUGCUCGUGACGCAAACGCCAAGGAGCCCGCCGACGCAGAUAUCCCCUUCGAUGACCCCCAAGACCAACAAGCCGUCGCCGAUGCAUCAUUAUCAGAUGAUCUCGGCCCAGCGAUGCGCGAAGCUAAGCCAUAUGGGGGCCUGAUUACUGGAGCAAUGGACUACAUGCGUAUCAAGGUCGGAGACUUCGCACUCGCCCAGGCUCACGCACCUGCACUAGAGAAACUUGUCGAGUUGAUGGAACGGGCGACCGUCGAAGAAACAGAGCGGAUCAAAAAGGUCCGUCAGACGGAAGAGAAUGAACGGAAGGCAAAGACCAACAAGAAAUGGGCUAAGCAAAUGGCUGCUGCUGGAGCAGCGGCAUCGGUAGCAGCGGCGACAGCUGAAGCCAUAGAUGUGCCAGCCGAGUCCAAUGCUCGUUCUAUCUGGAGUGCAAGUGAAAGUGAGGAUGGAUGGGAGACUAGUGACUGUGAGAUGUAA